CUUAAGAAUUGAAACUAACACAGCUUUUCUCAUUUCCCGACAGCUCACCGUUAGCUUCAUCGUCAUCGCCACCUGAAAAAUGUCCUCCGCCGCCAAUCCCACAGGCGGUGCCAUCACCUCGCUGUUGUAUUUUUGCCACCGGUGUGAAACAACAGUGAACAUCGUCCCCCCUGUCGGCACUGACCCCGUCUGCCCUAUCUGCGGCGACAGCUUCGUCGAGGAGCUCGAGGUACCGGAAUCAGGGUCCUUCAUCUCCAGCCAAGCCGGUGUUGAAGAUUCUACGAUCGCCCCAACGUCGGCUCUCCCGUUCAACUCCUCUUCGGGCAGCGUGGAAAUUAGAAAUCCAGGAGACUUUGUCGGUCUCCUCGGCAUGAACUCCACUCCUCAAUAUUCGCGGCCAUCCGAAAACCCUGGCUUCGAUCCUCAGCUCUUCUUCAACGAUUACAUUCAAUCGAUUUUCUCCGGCGGAGGAAGCAUCCAAAUCAUGUUUGAUGGCGCCGGCGGCAGCUCUGCCGAAAACAUCGGCGAGUACGUAUACGGCCCGGGCCUCGAGCAUGUCGUUCAACAACUUUUUGAGAACGAUCCAAACCGGUACGGUACUCCGCCGGCGUCGAAAUCGGCGGUGGAGGCUUUACCGAUCAUCGAGAUUUCAGAGGAAAUGGUUGCUGGAGACGUCGAAUCGCAGUGCGCAGUUUGUAAGGAUGAGUUUGAGGUAGGUGCUGAGGCGAUGCAGAUGCCUUGCAAGCACAUCUACCAUCAAGAUUGUAUCGUUCGUUGGCUCGAGCUGCAUAAUUCGUGUCCGGUAUGCAGGUUCGAGCUUCCCACGGAGGAUCCUGAUCACCUGCAGCGGGUUGCGAGAGCGCCGGCUGCUCGAGGAGGGCGAUCGGGGGGAACGUGGGAUUUGAGUGGCCUGGCUUCAACAAUUGGGGAAGAACAAAGAUCUUCGGGAAACAGGAAUAGGCGAAGGAGGGUAAGAAUCUCGCUUCCAGGGCCUUUCAGCGGUCUCCUCGGUAAUGCUGGUGGUGUGAACGAUGGUUCCAGUAGUGCAAGCUCUGAUGAGAAUUUUGAAGGUCGAUAGAUUAAUGGUCCGGAGGAUUAGGACUGGGCGAUGAAGCUUCAAUUUGGGAGUAAUUAUUAUGUCCGAACAUAGAACGCCUCCAGAGAUUAAUACUCAUGGGUAAUAUCACCUAGAGCUCGGUAUUGAGCACUCGGUAUACGUUCAAAUUUUCAUUUUUUUACCGGAUGUAAUAAUUUUUCCAAUUUUAAAGCUGUUAUGAUUGGUGAGAUUUCACGGAUUUGGAUUUGGAUUUGUCAUUUGGAGAAAUUAUUCUCCGCGGAGGCCACUCAUAGCUCUAUUUUCGGAGACGAAUCAGGUGCAAUCACGCCAGCGAUACUGAUUUGUGAUACCGAGCAAUACCCAGCCGCGGUACAUAAUGAAGAGUUGACGUGACUUAUUUUAAUUGAUCUCCAGAUAACAUUCGGCAUCCGCAAAGAAUAAUUUUUUCGAUUUCUUUCUUUUUUUUUUUUUCAUUAUCAGCCUACUUAGUCUAGUGAA